ACGCGAUACCGGCAGACUGUUGCACGCCUCGAAACAUGUUCCUCCUACUCGCAAGCCUGGUGACGCUGGCUGCGGCCGCGCCGCAUACGCUACCUGAAGCCCACUUCACGAAAUCAGCCUUCAAACAGUACUUCCAAAAUAUCUUCCCGGACAAGAAUAGUUUGGGUGUGACAAUGAACACUUUCAACAUACUUUAUGAUUCUGCACCUUGGACGAUAACAAGCACAGGCACUGAAUAUACAUUGUCGAUGCCGAUGUCUGGUUACCAGAAAGAAGAUAUUGCGGUCAUGGCGCAUACAGGUAUCCUUGCGAUGAGAGCAAUCCACAAGGAAAGGGGUGUCAUUAAGAAAAGUGAAACAUCGUUGAACUUUUUGCCUCUACUUGUUAAUCCGGCGGGUUGGUGGACGUACCAUGACGGUGUAUUAAAAGUUACAUUCCCGAUCAACGGAAGAAAUACCGAUGCUGGCGCAACUCGCGAUGUCAACGCCUCGGAUGUCGAGCAGAUAGUUUUAGAUGGAAAUAACUAAGGAAAAUUGGAAAAUAUUAUUUACUAACAAUUUGUUUUUUAAUGUAACGUCAGUAAAGUUCGUGCCUUUGGUAUCUUAACAUUGAUUUUUUAUGUUGGAUUUUUGUUCUAUGUUAAUUUACAAUGGAUUAUAACUUGAUUUUCAAAAUUAAAAUAAUAAAAUAUUAAUACGA